AGCUAGCUUAGCAUUUUGUUAGCAUCGACAGUCGUUCACGGCUUGUGAUUGUGCAGCAGGAAAUGACUUGUUGAACUGAUGACUCCUGCCGUAACGUAGACUCGUAGGAUCUGGAUUAUCCUUCACUACCAGCACAAAUGGACGUCGCCGAGUGUGUUUUAUCGGCGGGCAGAGCCGUGUUGGACAUGGUGGAGCGAGAGUGGCAGCCUCUGUCUGCGGGCGAGCUGGAGCAGCGGCUGGACCAGUCGGUGGAGGAGAUCCUGGAGGCUGACCUGUUAGCAAAACUUAAAUCUCAGCCUCCUCCUACUUUGUACGUACAGUUACUGCAGAGUCAACCUAAUGUGGCGCCCCAGGUUUUACACAUAGCAACGACAACAUGCAGCCACCCAGAGGAAGAGACAGCAGAGUCCCAGGACCCGUUGGAGACAGUGGACAGUGCAGCCGUGAAGUACAUCACAGACCUGCUUCAAAGCUCCAAAUCUCGGACUCGAAUGGCUGGUCGGGCUCGCUUAUCUCUGUCCCACACCGUCCUGCUGUCCCUCACCCUGCUCUCUGAGCGUGUCAGCUACCGCUCUGUGUCCCGUCGCUUCCACCUGGAGAAAGGAAACAUCCACAGGAUCUUCUUUUCUUUCUGUGAGCGCAUCAACAUGCUGGAGGAGAGGCUAAUCAGGUGGCCAGUCGGCGGAGAGGCACUAGAAGCCCUUUUCCCUUUUUCCAGUACAGAGAGAGGGCAGGAGGAUGAGGAGCAAAGUAUUCCUCAGGUCCUGGGAGUGUUGGGACACACUCGGAUCCCUAUCCGCCUGCCUAUAGGGAAACAUGAUGUGGAGAGCACAGUGCCUGAGGUGAAGAGGAUGAAGAGGGAGGCCCAUCCUGACUCUUGGUUAAACCUUGAGCUUUUGUGCAACCGUAGAGGCCGGUUUCUACACUGCAGAAUCAGCAAAGGAUCAGACAUGGACAGAGGCAGCGCUCUCAGAGACAAACUUAAACAACAUCCUGAACUGAUGCCUCGUGGCUCUUGCCUUGUAGCCAGAGCUGGCUACCCACUCACUGCUCACAUUUUAACCCCAUAUAUAGCAAGUCAUGGACCAAGAGAACAGCUCUUUAACAAGACGCUGGAGGAGCAUCUUCUCAUCCUGGAUCAGGCUGUUGCCAACCUGAGAGUGAGAUUUCAAAGGCUUAGGUAUCUGGAUAUUGGGAACUAUGAUCGAGCCAGAGCUGUUGUUCUGACCGCCUGUGUGUUGCACAAUGUGUUUUUGGACAUGGGACAAGUGGUUCAAGGAGAAGUUGAGACAGAGGAAGCGAUAACACAAGAGGGAGAGGGCGAGGUGGAUGACGAGGGUGUACGCAGACGUGACGCCAUCUCAGAUUUGUUGUUUAAAAACUGUGGAAGCACAUGAUGUAAUGAUGUCUGUUGGAGAACUUGUGCUCACAGGCCUUUAAGAUAAAGUUUUAUUUUAACAAAAAUCUCUUAACUGUUUGGGUCUGUGUGCACACACAUACAAAUGCCCCUAUUACUACUAUCAGGUAACAGGGAUGGGUUUGCUUUUGAAUUAACACUGUGUGAAUUUAAAGCAGACUGGUAAGAAACACAUAAACAUCGACUCAGUGUUCCUGAUUUAAAAGUGAGAUUCUUUCCAGGCUCUCGGAAACUGUGAAAGGGAACAAUUCACAAACAUGUAAACUAAACAUUCACAAAGGUAAUAUUUAUUGCAGGGUU